AAAUAAUAUUCUAGGAAAAGAUGCAUUUGAAGUGAAUAAAAACUGGGAUAUAUCAAGAACAGCACAAUGUGAAAUAGGUCACGGUGUGUUUGCAGAAAGACGACUUACAGUUGUAGAUUCUCCAGGCUGGUUUUACAUCCACACCCUUCAGGACACCAGAGAGAUGGACAAACUAGAAAUAGAGAAUAGUCUGUAUAUGUGUCCUCCAGGACCACAUGCAGUUCUCCUUGUGAUUGAGCUUAUAACUGCAGUUAAUGCGACGUACCAGAGAUCAGUUCAGGAUCACAUGAGUCUGUUUGGAGAUGAUGUUUGGAAGCACACAAUCAUUCUCUUUACAAGACCGGACUGGCUUGAAGUGAAGACUGUAGAGGAGAGGAUAGAGAGUGAUGAAGGGCUGCAGUGGCUGGUGAACAAAUGUGAGAACAGAUAUCAUGUCCUGAACAACCUGGAGCCCAAUAAUAGAGAACAAGUAAAGGUUCUCCUGGAGAAGAUUGAGGAGAUGAGGGCAGAAAAUGAUGAUCCUUAUUAUGAAGUCGACCAGAGAAGAGCAGCAGAAAUGGAGACUCUGAGAGAGGAUGCAGACAAAAGAGCCAAAAAGAUGAAGAAGAUCAUUGAAAGACAGUCAAGAGUACUGAAAGAAAUCUUUAAAGAGGAGAGACAGUCACUCAGUGAGAUCAGAGUUGUUCUGUUGGGUCAGAAAGGAUCAGGAAAAAGUACUGCAGGAAAUCGGAUUCUGUUCAUGGAAAAAUUUGAAGAAUCAUUAGACACAGCUGGUAUCAAGAAGGUAUUCAACAGCUUGACAUUUACAGAGUCAACUCAGUUUGUAGGCAAACUUAAGAGUGUCUAA